AUGGAAAACGUCGAACACAUUAAUCGAUCUUUUACUAUUCAUCAAACAAAUAACAUAUCUAUAUUCAGAUCAAUGAAUUCCACAAAUAACGAAUCAUUAUUCCCAAUAGUUGCUUGUUCAUUACAAGAUCGUGUUUAUACAUCCACUUAUUUAUUUUUUAAAUUACUUAAUGCAACAUAUUUACGUUUACUUAUUGGACCAGGUAUAUUACUUAAUUCACUUUGUUUAUUUAUACUUUCUCGACCAAGAUUAUCAAAUAAAUCAACUACUAUUAUAUUUUUACGUGUUCUUGCACUUUUUGAUAUAUUAUCAAUUUCACUUAAAUAUAUUCGAGCAGAAAUAAAUUAUCAAUCAAUCGAAAAAGGUCAUGAAAUAUUUUUAUUAAUUCCAGCAGUUUGUAAAGCAUUAUAUGUAUCAAUGAAUGCAUGUAUUUCAAUUACUAUGUGGACAAUUGUUUUAAUGAGUUUAGAUAAAGCUAUUGCUGUUAGUUAUCCACUUAAAUCAAGCAUAUGGCUAACACAUAAACGAGCAUUUCAUAUUUGUUGUCUUGCUAUUGUUAUACUCUUCCUUGCUAAUUUAUCGUUCAUUAACUUAUCUGAUAUACACCUAGCGAGAAAUCAUCGUAAAUAUUGUGGAUUAAGUGAUAUUUCUUUUAUCGUCGAUCUGCUUACUGCUUCAAUUUUGCCUAUGGGUCUUAUUACAGCUGCUAAUAUUGUUAUUGCAGUUGUAUUACAUCGUACUUCAUAUGAUUGGCGAGUAUCUGAGGAUUUUAGCAAACGUGAAUCUAAUACAAGUUUUUCCAAAAGAACUUUAUCAAGCACUUCAUUUCGUCAACGUUGUUCCGGUGCUUCAACAAAUACAGGAGCCGAUACAAUAUUAGCAACAAAACGACGUAUAAAUGCCCAAGUUACACGUAUGCUUUUAGCUGUAACAUUAUCAUUAAUUAUAUUUAAUAUUCCCAAUACGAUGUUUUUUGUUUUUGUUAAAAUUUAUGAUACAAGACAAUUAUUAUUUGGACGUUUAUGUAUAGAUGUUAGCGAUCGUGAUAUACAAUUAUAUAAAUUUGGAUUUUAUUCAAGCGUUACACAGGAUAUAUUGUCGGAUUUACCGCAUGUAGUUAAUUUUUUCUUAUAUUGUUUAGCUGGAAAAAAAUUUCGAAGUAUAUUUAUAAAUGAAUUUAAUCAAUUACUUGUUGAUUUGCGUUUAAUGAAGAAAAGAAAAGAAAGAUGUUCAACAUAUAGAACAUCUGGUUUAAAUACUGACGUAGUAGGAAGUAUAGGUCAUAAUAUAAAUCCAGGACGUUCCUCACCAAAAACGCCUCCAUCAAAAAUACGACAAAGUGUUGAAGUUUUAUUUAAUGGUAAAAAUGCUCUAACAACGCUUAAUCGUCAAAGUACUCAUUUAUCAAGAAAAAGGACUUAUGGAUCUAGUGACACUGGAAAAUGUAUUCGUUCUAACACAAUGCACCAAUAA